AUGUCGAGCAAUGAAUUUUCUCAAUUUACUCGACCCAACACAAGAAUUCAAAAUCAACGAAUUGAAUCUUCGCUAAGUGAAGGGGUGAGAGUAGUGGAUGCCAGUCGUGAGCCGCACAAGUCAUUUUUUGUUGACAUGCAGAACACUUAUAUGAUGCAAACCAGUUCUUCUAGUGGGUUACCCGCCGAUUGGAAAUUCAAAUUAGAGGUCGUUCAACAGCCCAUUCGAGCUCGCGCUUGCGGUUACGGUAAUAAGUUUUUUCAAUUACAUGCUAGUCUAUAUGAUCGUUCUAAUGAAAAUUGCACAACUGUCUGGGUAAGAUCUUCCAAUCCCCACCUUCCUCAAGAAAACAUAUUAAACCUCAUUGGUUGUAGGAGCGAAAUUUGUCAUGUAUACGCAGAUGAGCAGGGAAACAAAGGGCUGUGGUUCAUUUAUGCCAAUUUGGGCAUUAGAACCGAGAAUGAUUAUUUUCUGAGAUUUCAGUUAUUCUACCUUGGAUGGCAAGGACUUCUGAAUACAGGUGGUGGUCAAAUAAAAGAAUUAGCUGUAGUUGAUUCCGAAGAAUUUAAAGUUUUCCGGAAUAAACUGUUUCCGGGAGUUGUUGAAUGUUCUCAACUCACUAAAUGCUUUGUAAAACAAGGAGCUAACAUUCCUUUACGAAACGAAGCUGAAAAAUUAAAAAGUACCGCACAAUCGAGUAGCGGUGAAAUAAUCGAUACAAAUAAUACGAGUGAUGUGGAUGAUAAUUUCGAAAAAAAUUCUGAAAAUGAAAAAUAUAAUUCGUAUAGUAUUGAAAAUAUAAUUAAUUAA